AUGGGCCUCUGCUUGGCGCCCGCAAUGCUGCUGCUGUUGCUGGGGUCACCCAGCUCGGCCGCACGGAACCGAUGCUUGGACGCGGCCGAGGCGUGCACGGCGGACGCGCGGUGCCAACGGCUGCGCACCGAAUACGUGGCUCAGUGCCUGGGUCGGGCCGCGUCCGGGGGCUGCCCCCGCGCCCGCUGCCGCCGCGCCCUGCGCCGUUUCUUCGCCCGCGGGCCGCCCGCGCUCACCCACGCGCUGCUCUUCUGCCCGUGCGUCAACGCCGCGUGCGCCGAGCGCCGGCGCCAGACCUUCGUGCCCUCCUGCGCCUUCGCGGGGCCCGGCCCGGCGCCGCCCUCCUGCCUCGCACCCUUAGACACCUGCGAGCACAGCCAGAUCUGCCGGCCCCGCCUCCUGGCCUUCCAGGCCUCCUGCGCGCCCGCCCCCAGCACCCCCGACGGCUGCCUGCGGGAUCAGGGCCCCCGCUGCCUGCGCGCCUACGCGGGCCUCGUGGGCACCGCGGUCACUCCCAACUAUGUGGACAACGCGAGCGCGCGCGUGGCGCCCUGGUGCGACUGCGGAGCCAGCGGAAACCGGCGUGAGGAGUGCGAAGCCUUCCGGGGACUCUUCACCAGGAACCGCUGCUUGGAUGGUGCCAUACAGGCCUUUGAUGCUGGGUGGCCUCCAAUCCUGCAGGACCGGCCAGAUGUCCACCAGGACCCUGAGCACAGCCUCCUGCAAGUGUCCUCCGCAGAUGGGCUCCUGGUUGGGAGCUCCCUGCUCUCCAUGCUCCCUGUCCUGGCUCUGCAGCCGCUGCUCUGACUAGGACAGCUGACCUUGGACAACAUCACUGUCCCAUCCUGCCUGGGGUACAGGGCCCCAUCUG